AUGGUGCUGUCUGCCGCCGACAAGACCAACGUCAAGGCCGCCUGGAGUAAGGUUGGCGGCCACGCUGGCGAGUUUGGCGCAGAGGCCCUAGAGAGGAUGUUCCUGGGCUUCCCCACCACCAAGACCUACUUCCCCCACUUCGAUCUGAGCCACGGCUCCGCCCAGGUCAAGGCCCACGGCAAGAAGGUGGGCGACGCGCUGACUCUCGCCGUGGGCCACCUGGACGACCUGCCUGGCGCCCUGUCGAAUCUGAGCGACCUGCACGCACACAAGCUGCGCGUGGACCCCGUCAACUUCAAGCUUCUGAGUCAUUGCCUGCUGUCCACCUUGGCCGUCCACCUCCCCAACGAUUUCACCCCUGCCGUCCACGCCUCCCUGGACAAGUUCUUGAGCAGUGUGAGCACCGUGCUGACCUCCAAAUACCGUUAA